CCUCCGAGGGCAGGCCGCCAACUACCCCGGACUAGUGAGUGCGUCAAGUGCUGGGCACAACGGACUUUCCCGCUGAGGCCGUAAAUAGACUCCGUGUUGCCCCUCAGCAAGCAAUUGCGUAGUGUCGGGUAAGUAGGUCUGUAUAUAAGGUGUAGAUACACUGUAGGCCACCAUACGUCACCACUUGGCGAGCGAAGCUCAGUGCAGCAGCUUGUGACAGUCCCACUGUCUCCACAGGCUCCACUACAGUGAAGGGGACAGUGUGACACAGGCUCUCGGCAAACCUCGUGUCAGUGAGUGUGACAGUGUGACACCUCGUGUCAGUGAGUGUGACAGUGUGACACACUGUGUCAAAUAAUUAUUCGAUCGCGCCGACGGUUGGCAGCAAGUGUGUGGGAGCAGAACACACGGACUGUAGUGGUGGUCGUGGUGGUGGUCGCUGGUGGUGUUAUCGUGAGUGCUGGCGGUGAGUGGCGGUGACAUCGGCUCCUCGCCAGGGCGGACGUCACCAUGCAACCGAUGAACCAAAACGUGGAGGACAUCUUGGCCGCCAACCUUCCCAACAUCCUUUUCCAAGGCAGGUCGGACGACAUAGAGGACCAGCGUCUACAGGCAGCCGCCCAGACCGCCAUCAGCACCGGCACCACCACCCCCAUGCUGAAGGCCGAGCUGCGAUGUCGCAUCAUGAAACGGCGCCACGAGGAGGGCCUGCCAGACCUGCCGCCAGACAGCCAGGACAGCAGGCAGUACGAGCUGUCGCCGGCUGAGGUGGAGAAGAAAGAGCGCCGACGAGAGCAGAACAGACGAGCUGCACAGAAAUGUCGACAGCGAAAAAAGUCACAACACAGUCAGGCUGAGCAGGGUUACCUGAACGCCAAGAAGCGUCACGACCAGCUGGUGUCGGAGUGUGACUCGCUGCGUCGCUUUGUCAACACGCUGCAAAGCUUGUUGGUCAGCCACCUGGCGGUCUGCACCCUCCGUCUUCCUUCCCAGGAGAACCUGGCUCCUCCUCCCAGCGACCCUGACCACAACGAGGGACAGCACCGCUUCCCUGAGUCGCCAGACGGACAGGACUCCACCGUCCUCACCUCUUUGCUGGACGUCAACAAACUCGUCGACGGUCUGACUGGCGGUUGCAGCUCGCUGCCCCUCAACUGCUUCAUGGCCGGCGACGGGACUGAGAAGCCGCCAGACCUACCCGUCAGUCCCACCAAUGACAUCAGUCGUUUAGUGGCUGCAGGCUGCCCGAGGCCCGAGGUGACAAGUACUCAGGUAGAAGCUGGUGUCACGUGGAUUGGGGACCAUCACGACCAGCCACCAGCAGCCAUAUUGGAUGAAGACACGACACUGAACUCGGUGGACGUCGCUGCUGCUCUGCAGAUGCUCGAUUCCAAAGACUUCGCAUUCCUUGCCCAAGAGCUUUGCUCUUCGAACGACUGCCAGUCCAGAACUUUCCCGGAGUUGGAGCAGAGCAUCCCGGAGACGACCCCAUCUGUCAUCCCGCCCUCACAGCCCCCCACCUCUGUCCCCCAGCCGAUACCCCGCUCACAGUGUGACUUCCCCCAUCUCACACCAGCCUCCACGGAGAUGCUCGACCUGCCUGGGUACCCAUGGGGAACCGCCAAAUUCCAGCAGCGGCGACAGAGAUGUCUAUCGGAAAUGCGUGGUUUGACCUCGGGUGGAUCAGCGUCCUUCGCUCCUCGCCAUCACCAUGACGACGCCACCAAGGCCGGCACUACCCAGGUCAGCCGCCGCCUGCAACACAAAAGUCUGCGCCAUGUCGCUACCUCAGUGUCCCUCACCUCACCAGACUCCCCGGGGACACGCAGGGAGGUGCCGAGUCCCGCCUACCCUCUUCCCUCGGUCAGUCCGCAUGAGGGCUUGUACCAGGAAUGGCAAAGUGCAGAGGUCAACCAGGUUCAGUCCCCCGACUGCCACACUCACUCCCCCGACUGCGAGAUGUCUGAAGACGACGACUAUCGCUUCUCUUCGGCGGACAGUGAGUGGUUCAACUCUCUAGGGAACCCACCCGUAUAAAGAACUGGUUUGACUCCCACACAGAAGCUAAAUCCGGGGGAUAGCGAAGACUCCGAAAGACCAGGAGGAACAUCUCUGGUUCUGUAAACACCAACGUGAGUGAAAGACAACAUCAGAGGAUGCGAGGGUGGGAUCGGUGUUCAGUUGCUGUGGUUAGUUUAUUGUCGCAACACCUGCCUCGAGAGAGACAGGAUGUCUUGACCUGGAGCAUGAAGCAGUUUUAGGGAUCAUCGGGUACAUGUAUAUCGGGGUACAUGAGUAUCAUUCCAGUCUUUCUUCUUGUUUACUCAGGACCCUCAGAUCGCUCAGUUUCUUUAAGUUUUUUUAUGUUUUAACAUUGAUAUUCAUUUUGUAUGCCACGUUUAUUUUGCAUGCCAAAUAUGUGUAUCGUCUGUUAAGAAAUAUGGAACUGAAUAUUUCUGUCCAGACUUGCAUUUGCAAAAUUAUUUGUUUUUAUGCAAAUUGCAAAAUUCGUUUUAUGUCAGAAAAGUUAUUUUGAACCAUUUCCUCCCUCCUUCUCUCUCUCAGGGAAUGUGAGAUAAAGUUUGCUUUCUUGCACAUGAAGGUGGUGUUGGGUGUGGUGGUGGUGAGGGGGUGAUAGAUGAUAGAUGAGGUCCUUAGACUAGACGAUGAGCAUGUGAAGAAACCCACCCUGGUUAGUCGUGCCCACUGCACCCUGAAGUUUUCAGUCCUUCGCCCUCCCGUGUGCCCCCCUCAGUCAGUCUGCAACUUGCAGCAACAGUCAUCAUCGCCAGUGCUUACUACUAAUACCUGUCAGUGCUUACUACUGAUACCUGUAAGUGCUUACUACUAAUACCUGUAAGUGCUUACUACUAAUACCUGUCAGUGCUUACUACUAAUACCUGUAAGUGCUUACUACUAAUACCUGUAAGUGCUUACUACUAAUACCUGUAAGUGCUUACUACUAAUACCUGUAAGUGCUUACUACUAAUACCUGUAAGUGCUUACUACUAAUACCUGUAAGUGCUUACUACUAAUACCUGUAAGUGCUUACUACUAAUAUGUAAGUGCUUACUACUUAUACUGCUCUUGCCUAUAAUUGAGUGUUAGCGCCGUGGAUCUUGCUACCUGGAGGUUUUAGCAGCUCCCUCCUGUUCCGGUUGUGAAGCGGUUUGCCGCUGGAUGCAGGAGUGAGUGGCUCAACCGACAGUUUAGGUUGCGAAGUGAUUCCCAGCCUAUUCUUAACUGCAACUAGUCAAACGAAACUCGUGUACCUCCUCCUCCUCACCUCACUGAACCUAUCCCCCGCUCAGAACAAUGCUAACCCUGGGGAGACCCUCCACACCUGCUGCUGCCUCCUCCGUGUGAUGUCACUGUCGCGUGCUGACAAGUCGACCUCGACUUCACUUUGCUCGUCACAUCAGCAGACUUUGUUUUUCUUUUAGUCUGUCAAUGCCACUAACCUUUCACUGCUUUUGCCCUCGCGUGUCUCCGGCACUUUCCGUCAGUGUUGUGAGAAACAACCAUGGGCUGUUCUUUCUUUGACGGCUGUGGAGGCCACGUCACCCCCACCCCACUACCACCACCACCACCACACCACCACCACCACCACCACCACCACCACCACCACCAACCCCUCACCUUGUCGCAUGUUUCAACAAAACUGUCGACAACAAAGCAAGAAGCAGCACGAACUGACUGACGGCGAUGACAAGUUUGUUGAGACUUUGUGAGGUCACAGCCUGGUGACCUGUGGGUGAGGCGACAGUGUGUUGCUGUGCAGAUGACUGGCUUAGUCAGCAUCGUGGAGGAACGAACUGAAUGUUGAAUCAAAACUUGUGACUGAAAUUGUCGCAGCUGAUUAUGAUUUGUUUUCUUUUUCUUUGUUUUUUUCCUACCCUCCCGUUUCAGAGUUUAUCUUUUUCGUAGAUUUGUUCUUUCUUUGUUGAAUAUGUAUUUCAAAUUAAUGUUUUGGAUUUUCGUUUGAUGAUCUGUCAUGACACACAGUGUCUUCAUGGAGAAAGACUCAGCGAUAUAUUUUUGUAACACUUUCCAGUGAUGACAGAUGAUAUCUGUUACUGUGGUGGAAACACUGACAUGUACAUUCUCUUGUCGGGUCGCAGCAAUGUAAAACCAUUUUAUUUGGUAUAGUUUGUUAUGCUUUUUUCACUCUGGCACAUUUUCCAUGAAAGAAAAUGUCGAUCAAAAUAAAAUGUUUCAAAGAAA